ACCGGGCUGUUGCUGACAGUGCGGUAGCAAUUUAGCUGGGGUGCAGAGCGGGGCGCAGCUUUGACUGGUACGCAAGCCAUCGACGCCGCAUAGAGUUGUGGACGUUUGAGAUUCGUGCUUUCGCCGCCAUCGCCUAGGAUUCGUGGCCAGGCAACCCUUUGCCUGAUGGCGGCGCCGCGAGUGACUAUCAGCUUACCUCUAGAGGACCAUCGAACUGUCGCGUGUCCUGCUCCAAGUAGGCAGUGCCCUGGCCAUGCUGCAUGCAUGGGUGCAUCGAAGAUUACGUCGGGACAAUUCUCCACCGGUCGGAGCCCCAGAUCCUGCCACCCUUCAAUUGCGGAGGUUUCCAGUGCUCCACUUUCCCGCCCUUACCUUAUCAUGGAUCCUCUAUCGAUUUGCGCCAGCGCCGCCAACGUCGCCCAGCUAUGCGGUACCAUCAUCAAGAGCCUCUACAAGUUCUGUGAUGAUGCCUCCAACGUCGAUGCAACCGUUGAGGGCUUCCGCAUCGAAACUACCAACCUUCAGCAGACCUUAGUAAACGUUGAAAGCACCAGGAAGACUUCUUUGGCCCGAAACAUCCAGAGCCUCGAGCUAAAACACUGGGGACAUGUCAACUCCGUUCUCAAGCGCUGCUGGAAAACGUUACUGAAACUCGAAGCCGUCCUCGACAGAUGUGCCUCCGCGCAGGGCAUCGGGCGCAUGCCCAAGACCCAAAUCCGGCUUAACAUGCAAUCGCAUUCAAUCAAUAUCCUUAGGAAGCACAUGAAGUCUUAUACCCAGGCCUUGCAAGUGUCCCUGCAGACUAUCAGCAUCGUCACCCAGUGGCAGAAUCACGACUCGAUCCAAGGAGCAAUCAGUGUGCUGUCCGAAAGGAUCGAAGAAGUCAGGGUGACUUUGUCGGCCAGACAUAUUGGUCGCGGAGUUGAGGAUGUGGAUGAAGGUCUGAGCGAAGCCGACAUGCAGGAGGAGGCGGAGGCGGUGGCGGACGUUGAGAAGAUCAUAAUCUCUGCCGAAAAUGUAGGAAAGGUUACGAGUACCAGUUCCUACUGCCCUGACGACGAAUCGAUUCUCGGCCGAAAUCAAUUUGCCAUAUGGCUCGACUCCAUUCCCAAUGCUAACACUCGACGCAUUUCGAGCAACCUUGACGAGAAUCGAUCCAUCCGGACAAUAGAAUCUGAUAGCAUUCCGCCAGACAAAAAGGUUCCAGCCGACUCCGGGAUUGGAUCUGACGCUACUACCGAUUAUGAUCCGGAACCAGAAACCGAGGAUCAUUUUUCAGCACCGGUCAACGCAACGAUCGUGGCGAGGUUCAAAGAUGCGGUCAAGCAGGAGAUGGAAGCGGGCCAUUACCAGAGGGCCGAAGCAUCGCAGUUGAGCCUCAUCAAACACCUGGAAGAAGGUCAGACAAAGCAUGGUAUAGCAUAUGACCGUGCUCAAGUUCAGGAAGAUUUGGCCCGCAUUUACCACAAAGAAAAGAGGCUCGACGAAGCGAAAGCGAUUUACAACAGGCUUAUUUCUGACAAGAAGGACGAGAAAGAGAAGACGACAGAAGUGUGGAGGUGGUACUAUUGCUUGGCCAAAAUUUACCAGGAGCAGGACAAGCUCCAAUAUGCGGAAACUUUUGCGAAGAGAUCCUACAGGGGUCGGGAGAACUCCUUGGGCGAGGACGACCCCCUUGUUGUCGAAUCUGUAGCACUUUUGACACAGAUUUAUCAGCAAAAACAGGAGCAUACAUUGGCCAAAGGGUUACGGGAAUACUACCUUCGCGAUUACCAACUUCCUCGUCGUGAGGAGAUAGCCGCACCAGAACCAUCGAUAGGAGGCAGCAGCGAUAUGCCAUGGCCGGCAGACGCUUGUUACGAUAUCGCAUCACCAGCCUUCGAUCCGUAUAAGGCCAUGCGAUAUGCAACUGAGCACAACAAUGACAUAGCUGUAGAAGAUAUCCUUCGUGGAACGCGAGAUAACAAGAGACAAGAGCUUGCCACGAAAGCCUUGCAAUGGGCAAUUAAGGCAGGUCAUUGCAAGGUCGCUUCUCUGUUGAUAGAGCUCAACGUUGGGAUCAGGAAGGACUCACGCUUUCUCGAGGGUAAGACGCCCCUCAUACAUGCCAUAGAGGAAAGGAAUGAGGAGAUGGUCCAGGAGUUUCUGCGGAUCGGUGCCAAUUUGGAAGUCAGAUGUGACAAAGUGGCUGGACAGCCUUGCACAGAGCGACAGAUCUGCGCAAUGCGACUAUGGUUGAUCUUCUUUUGCGAGACGAUGCCGACCUUGAAUUUCGAGGACCGCGGGCAUGGUGUUCGAAUUCCACGGAUUGGAGUUGGACGCCACUCUUGAUGGCGACUUAUGCUGGAAACGUAUCAAUCGGCCAUAUACUUCUUGAAAAGCUCGCGGACAUCGAAGCCAGGACGUCGUCAG